AUGAUUUGGGUCAAAAAACAAAUGAACAAAUCAUCUUAUUGUUUGUAUAGAACGUGCAGACAAUUGGUCUCCUCGAACAUCGUGCAAGACAAAGCAGUGAUUGGAGACGAACCUUUUCCCAAAAAAACUUUCAAAAUCAAAGAAUCGCCAGCAGCUCGCGAUGCAGAAGCCCGUCGAUUAGUUAUAGCUAGAAGAAAAGCAGCAGAUCAGGAAGUGAAGGCGUGGCGGCUUUAUCUGGAAACAUUGAAAAUUUCUAAGCCCCGUCAGCUGGAGCAAAUCAAGAAAUAUUUAAAUGAAAAAGUCAAAGAAUCGCCGGAAGUCCGUCAAGUACAACGCGAAGUUCGUCGACGGGCAUUAGCAACAAAAAAAGCAAUAUACCAGGAAGUGAGAGCGUGUCGACUUCACCUGAAAAAGCCGAAAACGUCUGAACCCCGUCAGAUUGCGCGAACCGACACGUAUUUGACAGAACUGUACGGACAACAUCCGCAGACCCAGAAGAUCAGCACUCAGACUGAAGAAAUGUUCGCAAGCUCGGCGGAGGUGAUGCUCACGGGCACGGACGGGUGUACGCAAGUGGACGAGAUGGAAUUGUUCGACUACGACAAGGCGGUGACGCCGAUUGUCGACAGCAUGAUCGGCGACGUAUUGCGACAAGCGAUAAAUGAAGUGCAGUACGCAGACGAGCUGGCGGCCAGAGACCGAUACCAAAGAAUAUCGUAUUUGGAAAGCACUACCGUGAAUAAUGAAAAUUUAAGGAUGGAGAAAGAAGACGAACGGAUUAGGAAAACCAUUGCUGAACAUACAAGGUAUUUCGACGAAGGCGAGAAAAAUGAAAACAUUCGAAUUUCUCAGUUGCCACCAAGUUAUAAGGUUGAUUUUCUACCCAGAGUACUUCUAGAUUCAAAUAAAAAUGAAUCAAACAUAGACACCAUAACUCAAGCACAAAGUUUAGAAUUCAUUUCUUGGCUAAUGACAGAUCUUCAAGAAAAGAAAACGAAAAACAUCACUAUCGAAAACCUUUUGGAAAACAUCCAUCGAGACAGGAUAAGGACAUAA